ACUCUGUGAUGGAGGUCUCGCUGCGUCUCCUUCUUCUGUGCUGAUCUCAGUGGAUUAUUGCAAAGACGUUGUGGAAUUUAACUCGUGAAACUUUGUGUGUCCGCACGUGUAUUUGCGUCCGCGCCUGUGUGAGACAAUAUCUCAUUGAUAGAUCCUGCAGGAAUGCUGAUGACUCGAGACGGGAAAAUGUGAAUCAGACGUAGAUGUCAGUCUGAACAACCUGAACUGACCAAUCAGGGGCCUUGGCAUCAGGAUGGCUCCGCCCCCUCCCACCAAUGCUCCACACGUGUGUUUAUCAUGUGUGGUGAUCAUGAGUAGCAUGGCGCUGAUGGAUGUGUACCUGGUGGAGCAGAACCAUGGGCCACGUAAGAUCGGUGUGUUUAUCGUAGUGAGUGUGGGUGACGUGUGCUUCCUCAUCGCGCUGCGCUACGUUGCCGUCUGGGUCGGAACCGAGCUCAGGACCGCAAAACGUGGAUACGCCAUGAUUCUUUGGUUCCUCUACAUUUUUGUUUUGGAGAUCAAAGUCUACUUCAUCUACCAGAACUAUAAAUCGGACCGGAAGAGUCUGGAUGCUCUGACCCGUAAAGCUUUAACGCUGCUCCUCUCUGUGUGCGUCCCUGUGUUGUUCAUCAUCCUCGUCGCCGUGGAUCACAUGGAGUAUGUCAGGGCUUUCAGGAAAAAGGAGGAGAUACGGAACCGGCUCUUCUGGGUGGUGGUGGACCUCCUGGACGUUUUGGACAUCCAGGCCAAUCUGUGGGAGCCACAGAAGAAAGGCUUUCCACUGUGGGCUGAGGGCUUGAUGUUCUUCUACUGCUACAUCCUGCUGCUGGUGCUACCAUGUGUUAGCCUCAGUGAGAUUAGCAUGCAGGGAGUCAACAUCAGCCCGCACAAGAUGAUGCUCUACCCCAUCCUGAGCCUCAUCACCAUCAACAUCAUCACCAUCUUCAUUCGAGGAGGAAACAUGCUGCUGUACAAAGACAGCCGUGUGUCAGGGAUCCUCAUGGGGAAGAACGUUCUGGCCAUCAUGAUGAAGAUGUGCAGCUUUGUACAAUAUAGGAAACAGCUGCAGAGCGCUACCCUCAGCGCUAACACUCCCCCUUCUGCUGCUCCUCCUGCUCCUUCUGCAGCAGCCUUCAGCGUCGAGCUGCACAAAAACUCACUGACUCACUGUCGAAAUGUUCCUCAAACAACCCUGCCUGAACUUGCUGCAUCUGAACACACAUGACACACACACAAAUUGGGGACUUCUAAAACACUCUGUACUUAUGAUGAUGAUGGUGGUGGCAUCAUCCUUUUUAGACUGUGGGUCUAGUGUGAUGUUUAACUUGGUCAUAUCUGAUGGGAGGGGCUUAAAUUGGUCAAGAGGCAGGGCUUAAGUGUGAUAGUUGAUGGGGUUUAAAUGUGACAGUGGUGGGACUCAACGCUGACUGUGGGUGGAGCUUA